AUGGAAAAUAUUUUUAAAAAUGAUAUUAAAGAAGGAAAUAAAAUAAUACUACAUUUAUCAGAAAUUUUUAAGUCUCCUAUUAAACAAACUGCAAUAUCACAGAUAAUUUUUCAACAUACCUAUCCUACAUUUUUUAAAAGGGAAAGUCACUCUCUUAUAUCGUUGGCUAGUUUUUUUAUUUCUGGUAAAAUAACAGAAAAUAUUGUAAAACUUAAUGUACUCUUAGAUAAUUUUAAGAAAUCUUUUAGUAUAAAUUUUCCAGUUGAAAAAGUAAUAUUUAUUGAAAGCCGUGUGGUAGAAAUGUGCCAAUUUAAUUUUGAUAUUGUUCCUAUACAUUUAUACAUUCAGAGUAUUUGUAAAGAUCUUGAAUUAGAUUCUACUUAUAAAUUAGAACUUGCUUUUAAUGUCCAUAAUGACAAUAGGGUAAAUUACAUUAAUUAUAUUAAUGGAAUAUUUGAUCCAGAAAUUGUUGCGCUUUCAACAUUUAAAGAUGAAGAAAUUGACAUUUUUGAAGUUGUAUAUUACAAAAGUAUCGAUAGAAAUAUGGUGAGUGAAAUAAGAAAAUUGUUGUUUAAGGGUGUUGAAUUUAAUUAA